GGAAACGGGGUGUGCUCGGCUGUGUGGAAAUGAGAGGGAAAACUAACAUUCUCCAUCACGUACCCUCCCAUACCUUUCCCCCACUGGUUCGGGCUCUUUAAAAGCUGCUGCCAGUGGUGUCUGUCAGCCUCAUUAUCACUUUGUCUUGGCUUGAGGGAAUUACUAUCCACCUUGCGACACACAGGCAAACUGCAGUCGGUGGAUCUAAACUAAGAUCAACAGAUCAACAAUCAACAAGUCAGUUGUAGGUGGCUGGACUGUUAGCAUUUAUUAGUGGACAACUUUCAGUGUGAGAUGCUUUUGUAUCUAAACAUCCUGCUGCUGCUCCUCCUGCAGCCGGCUCUGUCGAGCCCAGUGCCGCUGACCACACCGUCCAGAGGAUGUCCCACCUGUAAAUCAAAGUCCACACCGACUCAGCCGUCUGUAGAUUUAAACGCAACCUCUCUGGCCGUUGGAGAACCAUGUGGGGUCUACACUCUGAGCUGCGCCCACGGUCUACGUUGUGCACCUCCAGAGGAUGAGCCGAAGCCCCUCCGUGCCCUGCUGGAAGGCAGGGGAGUCUGCAGUAACGGCAGCAGCAUCAGCCCGACUGAAAAUAGCCAUACAGACCCAGCACCCACUGAGGAUCCAGAUGAGGCGCCAUGUCGCAAACUGCUAACUACACUUAUCAAAGGUCUUGAUGCCCAUUUAUUUAACUCACGUCAUGAUAUCUACAUGCCCAACUGUGACAAGCGUGGUUUCUUCAGAAAGAAGCAGUGUUGGUCUUCUCGAGGUAAGCGGCGGGGCAAGUGCUGGUGUGUGGAUCCCAAUGGCAUGCCAGUCUCCUCAAACACUAAACAGAAGGGCGGCCUGAGUUGUUAAAAUGCAUGAAGCCUGGACUGAAGCAGAGGAGACUGAAGCUUCAUUACCGAUAUGAGAUAAAAGAUGAAGGAACACCACACAGAGUCUAAAGGAGCUCGACACAGUCUCACAUUUCAUUCUCCACCUGCCAGAAGCAGCUCUCCACCAAUGAGAAGCUGCUUUGAAAUCAGGUUUAACUUUGUCUCCUUGCGCCCUCUACUGAAUAUAUUAGGACUUUUAUAUAUAUUAUAUUAGGAUACUAUACUGUCUCAAAUUCAUAUCAACGUGAAAUUAUCCAGCCAAGUGAGCAACCAGUUGAGGCAAUCUGUAGUAACCUGAAAUGUCUCUUGCCCAAUAACUUAACUCUGCACCCAAAGUUUGGGCUACACUCAACUUGUUCAUCUUUAAGUUUCAACAUUUCAGCUCUAUUUGUUUCAGGAACAAUAUGAUUUGGAUAAAUGUAUCGUAUUUAUGCAUAUAUUUUAUAGUAUUUUCAUAGUAUUUUUUACUUCAAAACCACUGUAACUGUACCACUGUAAUUACUGUACAUACUCUCUAGAUGUAAUCCUAUUUAUGUUACUUUGAAUAUGAUAUUAUAUUUAUGUUAAUAUUGCUGGUAAUUUGAAUAAGUAAUUUAUCAGUGGUUGUCCAUAAGAGCAGACACCUGAGGUAUUAUUUGAAAAACCUGAUUUUCUAAUGCAGAAUUAGACGGGGGCAUUAUUAGUAUGACUUUCUUUUUUGGCAUUCAUCAAGAAAGAUUGGCUCUUGAACAAUAAGAGGAGGAAUGUUAAACUGAUGGGCAACAUUGCAAACAUGUCCAUGAGAGACUUUGUAGACGCUUUGUGGGUUUUGUGCAUUUACACAACAUUUUGUUACCUUUUUUUAAAUAAAAAUGACUUUGCUCAAGAA